CGUCCCACCGCCCCCAGGGAGGGCCGCCCGCCGCCGUGACCCAUCUAUAUAGGGUCCUCCCGACGUCUGCUUCUCCACCGGAGAGAAGCGUUUUCCCUGCUGCUAUGGCCUCAGUACCCUCCGCCGGCUGCCUGCUGGCCAAGAACCAGUACUACCGCACAAGACAGAACUCAGAAUCCAGUGUUUCUUCCAGCUCCUCCUGCUCUUCAGAUCCUGUGAAUGUUGCAGACCAGGACAAAGCAUUUCAUGGGUUACCUGAAUUACUUGAUAAAUGUUGGUGGAUAAAAAGCUUUUUCCAUUGUGAACCAUCUCCACCAACUGUUGGCAGAAAAACACUAUCUGCAAGCAGUGCCAACAGUUGAAUAUGACAGCAAACUGAAUUACCGACUGAGAUACUAUGCACAGACUUAUUUUUCCAAGAGGCUUGGGAUCUUCUGAAUGUCUGGGUUCAACUGCGAGAAGACAACAAAACGUUUAAGAGAGAGGAAAGGUGUACUUUCAAAAAAAAAAAAAAAACAAAAAAAGUUUUGGCAGUAGCUUAAACAAAGUUGCUUAAUGGACAUGUCCAUGACUUACCUUUUUCAUUACAGAGUUACUAUAAUUUGAGAUGACUAAUGAAAGUUACCUGGAUUAAAUAUCCUGAUAUCCUGAUGACUUACCUGGAUACUUAGAAAAAAGGAAAAAGGAAAAAAACGAUGUAAGAUAGUGUAGGUUUAGGAGAAAUAUAUUUAUGGUAUGACUUUGCAAUAGCUGAUACUGUAUCUAAGUUUUACCUCAAAUAUGUCAGCUCUGUAGACAAUCACUCUGCUGUAAACAGGAUAAAAACAGAGCAGUCCUGCUCCAGACUGUAAGGUGUAUGUUUUUAUCAUGUAUUAAGUAUCACUAACAGUGAGCAGAGUUUACAAGCAUGCCUGCUAAUAACUUUGGUUUUAUAAAGCCUGAUUACACAAAGAAACAGUAAUCAGUUUGUUCCUUGUUCCAGCUGGGUGUGUAGAUGCCAACCUUAAAUGCACAGGUACAACUUUCAUUCACGUCUAUGCAUGUUUAAGGAUAAAAUAGCAGAGAUACAAGAAACCAGUAAUCCUAAUGGACACUGACAUUUGCCAAGCAGAAGAGCAACCGUAAUCAGAGUUGAUACCUGCAGCUCUGUUUUACUUUUAGAUUACUUUCACCUGCCUCUUAAAGACCCACUUGUUCUCAAGUGACUAUUAGUAUUCACUGCUGUCUGUCAGCCUAGUUUCUUAGGUCUAGGAACUGGCAGUAUGUUCAACUCAAAUAAUGUUAUUAACCAAGUCUACCUUUGUCAUGAAUCUUGCUUUGAAAUGUACUCUAGUAUACUUUCAUUUGGCCUUCAGCACUGCAAAGCAGUACAUCAGGUUGUUUAUUCUACUGGGUAUGACUGAAAUGCAUCAAUGGUCAUAGAAAAUUACAAAUAUUUUGCUGGAUGACAUCACUUCUGUGCAUCUAUGCAACCUUUUGAUGUACUGUCACCAAAUCUAUCUGACCUUUGUCCAUCACUGGAUGAAGUAACAAUCGCAAACAUCAAUAUAAGUGUAACUUUUGCAUAAUAAAGUAGUAGUUGUUAUGGUUAUGCUUAAAAAUCUAAAGUAUAUCAAGCACCAGUUUCAGGAAGCUUAUAAUUUUGGUGCAGGUAAUGGGUGCCUGGCACAUGACAGCAGAAAAGAACACAAUGAUAAGCACACAGUUUCAGGAAUCUUUAAAUUGCCUUGUUGUAUAUUUUUAUCUUAUUUUUGUUGUGCAGCUUCAUCUUUAUCCUUUCUCUAAGUGUACAGAAUGAACUAUUUUUUACAUAAAGAUUUUUUUUUUUUUUUGUAUUAAUAAAGAUUUAAUGUGACUUAUUUUUGGGCUCUAGUACAAACUGUUAUUCACUGUUUCUUGUUUGUUUUUGGUAUUAAAUGUUAGUUUGGUCAUGUAAAGUAGAAAAAUUCAGAAUUCCACUGAAAACUUAGAGGAGUGACAUUCCUCCGUUAGCCACUUUAAACUUUUAUGUGAGUUGAAAAAAAGAGGGAUGGAACAUAAUGUAGGAAAAAGACACAUUUUAAUGUAACCUUGUAUUGUAAAAGAAGGGAAGAGGAAUCUGCGACUGUUAAUCUUGGAAGGGUGAUUCAAGCUGUUUCUGAAGAUUCUUGAAGCCGUAAAAGAAAGAAAGGAAAAAAAAUAGAGAGAAUUUAAGAUUGAGAAACUAUACAUAUAUAAAAUCUGAAUUCGGGUAGGACAAAAUGUAAAUAAUAAUCACCAAAUCAUUAAGGUUGGAAGAGAACUCCAAGAUCAUCUAGUCUAACCAUCACUCUACUAUCAAUAUCACCCACUAAACCGUGUCCUUAAGCACCAGGUCCAACCUUUCCUUGAACACCCCCAGAGACUGUGACACCACCACUUCCAAGUAUACAACAGUGAUGGCCUUACAGAUUCUGUUUUGCAAUGUCAAGGUGGCUAGAAUUUGGAAGAAAUAUAAAUUUGCAUUUUUCUUUCAAGAAUUUUCUUGCCUACAUGUGAGCUAAAGAGACUUUAUGAGAGUAUCAUAUGUCAUACUACAAAAAAAGUAUCGUACUGUCAUACUACAUAUAUUGUAUGGACAAGAGUAAGGAUUAACUGUAAGGACUAUAGCUAUUUCUAAGAAAUUAGAUUUUAUUUUUGUAUACUAGCCUGUUCUGUAGAAGCAAGAAUGCUAAGUGAACUCACUUAAGAAACAGGUUUUCAAUAAAAGAAUGAACCACAAAUCAAACUCAA